GACAAGACAGAUCACAAACUGUCAAAGCCUACUGCCCCCCUGGUCCCUCCCAAGAAACCUGUACCUCCGCCAGGCAAGGGCAGACCAGGCAUCCUCCCCCCAAAACGACCAGACAAGCCUCUCGCUCCCUCCCUAGGGGCCAAGUAAGUCUCCCAUCCUUCUGCCCGUCCCCCUGUUCUUCCACCCCUCCCUCUGUUCAUAUUGGGUAUUCACUUGAAUAAGGACAACAUUGCGUAGAGUAGGUUUUAUUGGCAAAUUCGAGGUCAUAGACUAAAUGGUACACCAAUUUACAGUCAUAGUAAUCCAAUAGUAAAAUCCUAAAUUUGCACAAACUUGUAAUAUGAUACCAUUUAAAAUAUACAAUGUAUACAAAGCAACAAUACCAUAAUAACAAGGUUUGGGGUGGCAGCUUUAGAAAAUACAACAGUUUUUAUGUAGGCAUUUCUUAGGCCUCUGGGCUAUAUGGUGUGUGUGCGUUGUUCAGUUUGUGGCUGUUAUGGGUUACAUCCAGUGACCUGCUGUCUGGGUCGGGGGAGCCAGUCUGCAAACUGGGAGCUCUGCCAGGAAUUAGCAAAUGUCAGGCAGAUCUGCUUCCAUCAGUUCUCUAUGGACAUGAUUCCUAAGGUUUCGUGGGCUUCCCCAUAGCUGGUGUACGACCCGCCCAGAAUUAUUCUGUAGGCUCUCUUCUGGACCAGCUCUAGUUGAGCAAUAAGGGUUUGAGUGAGGCCAGGGUGCCAGGCAGGGACAGUGUACUCCAGAACUAGUCUAACGUAUAUGAUGUAGAUGGACAGUAGGUCUGCUGUGAUAGCAUAGAUGCGCUUGAGGAGGAACAGCUUCAAAUCUGUGUAUUUUACUACAAAUAUAUUAACAAACCACUGUAUUUAGUUUGUUUGUCAGGCAUUUGUUAUGGCUUCUGAAUGAUUGCAUUCACGCUGAAAAUAUAUUUGCUAUUUUGCUAUUUAAGUCUCUGAAUGUGUACACAAAGGCCUAUGAAAUCCAGUUGCAUUCCUAACAUAUUGUACCCUUAACUCCAGCCAUCGGGAUUGUAUUACUAGUACUACUGUUUACAACUGUAGUAGUGUAUUGCUACUGUUAUUGUUGUUAUCCCCCUCAUCUACAGGCACAAUGGAGAGGUGCCUUCCAUACUCCCAAAGUCAGACUUUGAGACAACGUUACCCAGCAAACCAAAAACGCUGUCGAAUGACCUUGACAUGGGUAUGUAUGGCUCCACGAAAAUUAACUUUUUAGUUUCAGGAAAUUCUGAGCAGUAAAACCUUUAACAAGGCAUGCAAUGAAACGUUCAUUGGGGGUCCGAAUAUAUACACUUCACUUGCACAAUUAUACGGCUCCAUGACAUCAUUAUUAGUUAUGAUCCGCUUGCUCCAAACACAGGAUCAAAUUGAAUCUAUAAAACCAUUAUACUCUCCCAGCUUCAUAGGUUGAAUGUUUCUUUAUGUGUAAAAACCAGUUAGUCCAUAUAGAUGGGGUAAAAAAAAGUUCCUCAACCCUUUACACUCGUGGGAUUUGGCCUAUAUGGAUAGGGCUACAUUUAAAUGUUUCUUACAGAAUAAAUAUGAAAAUGGUCAUAAGGUGCUUUUUUGAGCUCUCCUAGCUGUGCCGUUGAGGAAUACAGCAAGCAGACUUGUAGUUUUGUUUGGAACACAAGCCUGCAUCUCCGCCAUCACACAAUUACUGUUGUUGUUUACGCAAUCCAAGAACAGUCCAUUUUAAAUAGUAAUCUGGGUCAGGUGGGCAUCAUUUGAAAGCUUGUCACAAUAGGCACACAGGCUCACACAAUAGACACACAUAGGCUCAUUCUGUUCAAAACAACUAGCUGAUGGGGUUCUAUCUAAAUUGAGGAUUAGUGCAGUAGAUCCAUAUUUGAGUUGUGGAUUACUCCUCCUGCCGCAGCAGGCUGUUGGAGUAAUGUCCCCAAGAACAGGAAACACAGACCUAAAAAGAGGGGGAUGAGCUGAAACCCCUUUUUAAUCAUUUGGUUUUCAUCAUUCGAGGGUGACAACAUGUUUACUGUUGCCUUGUUUUCUUUUCUUUUAAGGGUGAUUCAGGGACAUUGACAAUUUGACCUUCCAACAUUUAAAAACAUUAUGCAUAUUUCACGUGAUUGGUUUGCCUUUUGAAGCAUACCAGUAGAUUCACAAUGGUACUGCAUCACAGAUGCAAAAGGAGACAUCUGUAAACUCUGAAACGCGUUCAAAGUCGACUGGUUUAAUUUCAGCAUCACGAUUUACCCUCUGAACCAAUUCAGGCCUACUAUAACACAUUAUCAAAUGCGAUAAGAUAUAUUGACAGCUUUGUGCGUAAAAUCCCAAAUUACUAAAAUACUUUGUUUUUAUUUUUAGAGUUUUUGUCGCUAUGUUGAUUUAAUCCUCUAAGCCCAUGGGUGAAUAGGUUUUCAGCUGGUGUCCUGAGGUCAGAAGAAUGCAGGGAUAGAGGAUGAUGGGUGGAGGGAUAGAAGAGGAUGAGAAAGAGGGAGGGAGGUUGGCUUUGUUUACAUCACCUCUUGUUUAAUGCCAAGGACAAUCACAAACAGGAAAAACAAGAGCAAAGCUUUUAGGAAGAGAUAAAGGGAUGGAGAUCGAGGUGAGGGAGGACAAGGGAGUUUAGGCUGGGUGAGUUCUCAGAAUCAUGACAUCAUGGAGGUAGAAGUUAACUGGGGAGUCGUGUCUGUGACCCACACCGCUAAAAGCGUGAAAAGAGCUGCUAAAACCAUAGGUCAUUAGCCCCGUGGGAGCAGGGCGUGAAGACAAACACGGAAACACACUCCUCCUCAUUCUCCUUUAUGUCAACUUCACUCCCCUGGGAGUUCUGCAAUGUUAAUAAAGGUCCUGCCUAUAGUCUUUAUAUAGGACGGUAACACUUUAUUUUAAGGGUACUUAAAAAACGAUUUUAUAUGUUUGCCAUUUUAUGAAUCAUUACUCCCACAUUUGUAAGUGUUACUAAGCUAGUUAUUCUUACAUUUGUAUAUAUUUCCUUAAACAUUCUGCUUGUUCUUUUACCGGGUAUUGCUGCAAUGUCUACCAAUGGCAUGCCCAUUUUUGUGAGAAAUUACAGGUCACUCAAAACAUUAAGUAUUUAUAUAGUAUAAACAGUGCUCACUUUAGAUUAGGGACUGCAAAAAUACUUUACUAAUGAUUAGUAAAUGGUUUAUAAGUGUGGGAGUAAUGAUUAAUAAAUGUUGAUCACACAAUUUUAUAAAUGCCUUAUAAAUGGUUUAUUAGGUACCCUUUAAAAUAAAGGUUUACCCAUAGGACUAUAUAGUGCUUAAAUGUUUUUCUCAAAGAUUGUCAUACUGUGUGGCAGUUUCAGUGUAUACUAUUCUCAGGGCUAUCUUAACAAUGAAAUGUGAUUGUUUGAAUGGUUUUGUGUGACCUAACCCUUACAGCCCCAUUCCUUAGUUAGUCUUCCCAGAACUGUCUCUUUAGAUGAAAAACCUGUGUGUCAUUCUAUUUCUCAUAGAAAGGAAAACACAAGGUGAUAGAAUGUCAACUAUUGUUCAGUGGUUUUGGCUGCAAUGUCUUAUUUCUAUCCAAUUCUCAGUUCCAUCUGAUGAAAAGCCUAUGAUCUUUCUGCUGUCUGCAUUUGUAAAGCAAAGUGCUAUUAUUUACUUUGCUCUUUACUUCUCUCCCUCUGUCUCUCUGUCUCUGUCUGUCUCUAAAGACCUGAUGAGCUUUGAUGAUCUGUCGUCUACCUCUGAUAAGCUGUCUCACCCCACCACUAACAGACCAAAGAUGCCUGGCAGGAGGCUGCCCGCUCAGUUUGGAGGAGGCCACUCUGUGAGUCCACAGACGUACCAACACGCUACUGAGGACAUACAACUGCACAACACAAAAACCACAUAUGUUACGUUUACACAUCAUCAAAUUCCUCUCAAAAACACAUUUGACAUGCAGGCCCUAUCUGGGGAGUACAUGUACACUACCAUUAAAAAGUUUGGGGUCACUUAGAAAUGUCCUUGUUUUUGAAAGAAAAGCAAUUUUCUUGUCCAUUUAAAAUAACAUCAAAUUGAUCAGAAAUACAGUGUAGACAUUGAUAAUGUUGAAAAUGGCUAUUGUAGCUGGAAACGGCUGAUUUUUUAAAAUGGAAUAUCUACAGAGGCCCAUUAUCAGCAACCAUCAGUCCUGUGUUCCAAUGGCAUGUUGUGUUUGCUAAUUCAAGUUUAUCAUUUUAAAAGGCUAAUUGAUCAUUAGAAAACCCUUUUGCAAUUACGUUAGUACAGCUGAAAACUGAUUAAAGAAGCAAUAAAACUGGCCUUGAGACUAGUUGAGUAUCUGGAGCGUCAGCAAUUGUGGGUUCAAUUACAGGCUCAAAAUGGCCAGACACAAAGAACAUUCUUCUGAAACUCGUCCGUCUAUUCUUGUUCUGAGAAAUUAAGGCUAUUCCAUGCGAGAAAUUGCCAAGAAACUGAAGAUCUCAUACAACGCAAAAAAAAUUGCUUUUCUUUCGAAAAAACAAGGAAAUUUCGAAGUGACCCCAAACUUUUGAACGGUAGUGUACAUCACCGCAUUCCAUACAUAGAUAUCGCACCUUAUCUGCACCUCAUGAUGUGUCGGGGGAGUUGAUGAGAGAUUGGGAAGAGGGUGCUACACGUCCACUUGAAAAUACAUCAAAUAGCAGACAUUUGAGUUACAUGAAGGGCUGAGAGGAGAGCUGUCGGGUCGGUCCGAUUAUCUGAGAUUUACUGAGUUCCCUGAAGAGUAAUGUGAAUGCCUUCCAUUAGAAACAGAUGGACAUGUCAAGCCAGAGUGUCUGUGAGUCUCUGGCAAGGUGUGUCAAAAACUGAGCAGACCUGUUUUGUAUUUUUGUCUUCGCAGCCAAACAAGGACAUCAGCGUGGAGAAAACCUUCAAGUUUGACGAGGAGGAUCGCCCCAAGCCAAAGUUGAUAGACACAAGAAAGGUAACAAUGACAUUGACGUGUCUAAUUGCAUUAGUUAGUGUCUGACCUGUAUUGAACUUGUAUGUGUGGUACACCAAGACCCAUCCCAGAACAACAAUUUUAUAUGUAUGGCAAUAAAGUUUUCUGAGUCUGAAUCAAUGGCCCAAAUGCACAUUAGAUCUAUCUCUGUUCAGAUACUUGUGAUUCAUCCCAAAUGGAUGCUAUUGCUGCAAAUUAGUCACCUCAGCCAAUAUUUGCACUCAGCAGGGAAUUAACAUAUGUCUCAGUUCAGAAACGGAGUCAGGUUUGUCUAUAGAUAUUAACUAAUACAUCCUCGGAAAACUGCAACCAUCUUGUGAUCUUCAGUUAAGUCAUAGAGACCUCUCUCAGUGACUCUGGAUAAUGCCUCACUAAUAGGCGCCAUCCUCCUGCCAGGUUGUUUUCCUCCUGUCAUCCCCCUUCGCCGUCUCUCCCCUCCCUCCCUCCCCUCCCCUCCCUCCCUCUGUAUGAAAGUCACCCUGUUGCUGUAUGAAUGCCCUCUUAUCUUGAUGAACCCUGAUCCCACCGGCUCCAGUACAGCACAGUCACAAGCCUCUGGCAUUAAGCUCCCUGGGGUCACAUACGAUGUACGCACACAUACGUCCAGUUAAUAAUUUACAUGCAGUCACACGCACUAACGCAGAUAUUCACAUGCAUUCACAAAAUAAUGCUCUCUUGCAAUCCGGCAAAUCCACUCAGGCCCAGUGUAAGGCCGGUUUUAGUCACACUGGGAGACGGUGCUAGUCAUCCUGCGGAGGCCAGACGGAGGGCAUCCUCAUGUUUCUAAUGAAAACGUAAUGUCCGUCCUCGUGUUUGUCUUGUUAGUGUUUCCUCAGAUGCCCAGUGGGGGACUGAUGGGACUAAAGGGACUUACACCUCACGCUGACUCUGUGUGGGCAGGCCAGCGACACUGGAGGCCCUCUCAAAGGACCCACUAGAUUCUGGGGUCACCCGCUGUUUACCUGUACCACUCAAAUCGAGUGAAUAAUCCCUGCGCAUCAAGCCACAUAACUGUGGGCUCAGAACUUCUAUAGGUUGAAUUAAAGAGACCCUUUGGCCCCUCUGACAUUUAAAUCCUUUUAAAUUAGAUUUUGACCCUCUGAACCUCUCGGCAGAGGAAAAUAAAUAAAUGAAUGAAAACUAUAUCCCGAGGCGAUGGGAUGCUGGAGAACACAAUAUUAAAGCAACCCUGACAUAACUUCAGAGGAAGAAACAGGGGAUCAGUUGUGUUCAAUCCAAAUGAAAUAGACUUCCGCAGCUACAGUACGAACUGAAUGCUCUACAACAGUGUUUCAAGUGGCUACUGUAGCUCCCUCAUAGCAAUCAUGGCUGGUCGCUAAAGACUACUGUAUGUUACGACCAGAAAAAUUUACUUGAUUAAAUUUGAGCAUAGAAACACUGACUUCAUUCAUUAGUCAAAAAUAUUCAGAAAGGAGGUCACAGCCAGGACAAAAAUAUUUAUUAACCACCUCUCGUCUUCUUCCACAGCCAUCCAUGCCCAGCUCACUCUCCCAGUCUCCUGUCCUCAAGCCCAGCCCAUCCCUGUCGGAGGGGCUCAAAGCCAGCCCGGCUUUGGCCCCUGACCGCAGAAGCCCCAGCCCUAGCUCCAGCCGAAGCCGCAGCCCAGGCCCUAGCACGGAGACCAAGCCCAAGGCAGAGUCAGAGGAGCAGAAGUCUGAGCUGCAGGACCUCAGAGCCCAAAUGAAAGAUCUGCUGCUGUCUGUGGAGCUCCUCAAGACCCAGCAAAUGUAACUAACUACCACUUUCCUUAGAUCUGGUUUUGUUCAGUUCCUACUACUCUUUACUCUGUACUCUUCAAAUGAAGCAUUAUGUCUUUGUUAACAUGUUUAAAUGAUAAAGCUUCAUCAUUAUAAAGCUGGCUACAUGCAUCAGUCAAACAUUUUUAUUUGUGUACCUUUUUCAGAGCAGUAUUUUAGCUACUGUCCUGUUUUUAGUGCCCUACGGCUUGUUUCUAGGCAGGUAUAUAGGCGAGUCACUGUUGGAACUUGAGUGGCGCCUGUUCAGGCAGAGUAAUGGUGAUGUGAUCUUAUUGUUGAUCAGAUGCUAGCCAGUCAUGUGUUCAAGCACUGAGGAGCCUUGUGAACAUCUGGGCUUUGCUUUGCAGGAGAGAGAUGACAGAGCUGAGGAGCGAGCUGGACGAGGAGAGGUUGAAACGAGUGGCCCUG